AUGAACCUUCAGAAUGGAUUCAAUGUGCCCAUCUUAGCCGUGCUAUGCGAUGGGACAUCCUUUUAUUUCUUCAAGUUUCCGGACCGACGACAAGCAGAUGGAGGACCACAGUCUACUUGGGCAUCUUCCCCAGAAGGCCGCGGGCGACAACCUAUUGCUGAGAUUGACCUUGCCGAUGACCCCACAACUUUCUUACUCCAAACUCGCCUUCUUUGUGAGAGCCUUUACUACGUGUUUUUGAAUGGGUAUCAAUCCGAUCUCCAGGCUUACUGGAACCAUAGCGUGGAAAGGAGUAAGGGUUCGUCACGAGAUUCGACUCCAAAGUGGUAUAACGCAACAGUCUCGGCUAGAAAAGCUCUUGAGGAAGCUAAGUCUGUUUGGAAGCUUCGACAAGAGGGCAAGGUAGAAGAGUCGAAUAUCUCUGCGGAAAGAGCGCACCAGUUUUUGGCGAAAAGCGUGGAAGAAGCUCCUCCUCAAAAGCCACCCGGGUUCGCCCAUCGCUUUACGGACAAGCUCGUAGCCUUGACAUGA